UUUCUUACAGAUGGUACUCUUCCUGCUUGGUUUAAGUUGGUUAUUGCUGGAUAUCUUAUUACUUCCAGUGUGUCUCAGGAAACCUCAUACUUAUAUACCCCCACAUUAAUAUCAUGGCAUACAGUAUAAAAGAGUGCAGAGUUGUUCUGCACCAGCUCUCAGAUGCUGCCGUCAAGAGUGGCUGGUGCCCUGAGCAGAGCCUCAUUCAAGCAGCAACUGACGUGUGCAAACUCGAGCCUGAAGCAAUGGAGGGCAGCAGCUCAUCCCUACCCUCCAUCAUGACAGUUUACAUCAAAGAGGAGCCUGAAGAUGAGGGAGAGGACAUAACUGUGAAGGAUGAACCACUUUGCAGUGAAGUAUAUGAGCAAACUCCACUUCCCUCAUCUUGCGAGCCAUGCAAGAAAGAGGUUCAAGUUGAGGCUCACGAGGCCUGCACCAGCGCCUCACAGUACACUGCUGCAGUGCCUCAUAAGCAGGAUGUCUUGCCUUGCAAUGCCCAGAGCAACAUUGGAGAGGAUGAGUGGAUGGCAGUUUCUCCUGAAAACAAGGAAAAAAAUCUUUCUGUUGCUGAAAAAAAUAUUUCUCCAGCGUCCAAUAGAGCAGCUUUAGUCCAGGAAGUUCUCUUUGAUCAGCCUGCGGCUGAGUUCAAGUCUUUUGAGUCAAACUUGAUCAACAAAGACAAUGGAAGAUUAGCAGUUGAAUUGCAUGAAGUUUCCUCAUCUGCUGAUUCAUCCCAUUCUAAAGUUCCUUUUAAUGCCCUCCAGUUAAACAAAAAUGAUUUUGGAUCUGAAUUUAAAUGCAAGUUAUGCAACUAUGUAACAGCUAUGAAACGAAGUCUCCAUAAGCAUUUGUUUUCUAAACAUAGUUUGGGGGAAGGAUUCAAAUGCAAGUUAUGUGACUAUGCCACUGCUAAUAACCCAAAUCUCCAAAGGCACUUGUUUUCAAGACAUGGUCUGGGGGAAGGAGCCAAAUGCAAGUUGUGUAAUUAUGAAACUGACAGACACGAACGUCUCAAAAUUCACAUGUUCUCUAAACAUGGUUUAGGGAAGAGAGUAAAAUGUGAUCUGUGUGACUAUGUUACUACUCGAAAAGACAAUUUCCAACAUCACCUGUUUGCAAAACAUGGUUUGGGGCAAGGAUUUCAUUGUGAUCUGUGUGACUAUGUUACUGCUAAAAAACAAAGUUUACAACGUCAUCUGUUUGCAGAACAUGGUUUGGGGCAAGGAUUUAAGUGUGAUCUGUGUGACUAUGUUACUGCUCAAACACAAUAUCUCCGAAAUCACUUGUUUUCUAAACAUGGUUGA